AUGCUCACCGGGGUUUUCUGUGCUCUCCUGCUUCUGUGUGUGUACAGUUCAGGCUCCUCUCUGAGCUGCAGAUGGAUCGAUCAUAAAUUCAGAGACUACAGUGAGAACUCCCUGGAUCUCCUGGAGAUGAUGGUGAAUAACUCCACUAACAGCACUGAGGAGAACACCGUGGCCUUCCCUCAUCACCUGUACAACCACACCUCCAGAGCAUCAGCUGAGGAUAAAGUGGCGUUCACAGUCCAGGUCCUGAGGGAGGUGUGUGUCCUGUUUGAGGAUGAUGACAGCUCUGCAUCAUGGGAGGAGAAAACGCUGGAGAACUUUCUCAACGUUGUGAACAGACAGGCAGAUCAGCUUCACUCCUGUAUAAGGAGCUCCGCCCACAAGAAGAACACAAAGCUGCACUUGUACUUCAAGAGACUGACCAAUCACAUCUUAAAGAAGAUGGGCCACAGUGCUGCAGCCUGGGAGCUGAUCAGACAGGAAACCAAAGCUCAUCUCCUGAGAGCAGACCAGCUGGUCUCUACUCUACUCCCCUCCAGCUGAAUCUGCUCUACGCCUGUCCCAUGAAGGAUGAUUCAGUCUAAACUCUUAC